AUGGAAUUUGCCGCAGGCGGCGCCGAAGGGCAGACCGCUGAGCUGUCCAUCCCACUACCUAAAUCACUAGACACGCGCAUCUACAUUCGCCUCUCCACGCAGGCCAAGGCCAUCAUGCUCUCCCUCACAACGGCGUCUCAGGACGAGCUCGCCGCCCCCAAGUCCAUGGGCUCAUUCGUCUACGGCAUACCUGAUCGAUUCAACGCCCAGCAGCCGCUCGCCACGACCCUCUUCUCCCAUGAGCCGACCGUGGAAUUUACCACGCGCCUGGCAAGACUUCUUGCUCGCAGAGCUAAUCUGCCUGUUUACGUCACCAACUCGAUGAGCUUUGCCAACGCUGGGAUGGGGGGCACCGUCGAAGAGGAGAUGGAGGCCCUCAAGGGCAUCGUCGAGGUCGUUCUGACCCGCCUUCGAGAUGCCGGAAUGGUCUCGAAAUAG